AUGACCACAACAGAAAAGGUUCACCCCGUUUGCAACAAAACGCAACAAUAUAUCAACUUGAUUGAAAAACAGCUUUGUACAAGACUCAACAACCCCAUCGCAGCUUGUACCAUACUCAUCGCAUACACCCUAACUUCACACCUCACACCGCAUCUACCGCAACUAUCCUACCUAGUCAAGCUGCCAUAUCCAGAAUCAUAUCCAUUCCAAGAUAUCCUAAACCAAAUAAUUACCAUAUACUUUGUCUAUCGAUUUGCCCAUGCUACAAAAUUGGGCACCUUUGGAGAAUGCUUGUUAUUCAUUAUAGGAGCACUAGUCACAAUAUAUGUAUGUUGUGCCAUGGAAUUAUGGAUCUCAAUCAGCUUAAUCAUCCAGUUGCUGCUUAUCGCCAUAUCUCUUGGGAUUGACUAUUGCUGUGCCAGGGGUGAAGAAGAUGGAGAUGCUAAUGCAAGUUUAACUGCAAAUGCAAAACAAACACCGGUUCGUCUAACAACUUUUAACAACCAUAUGUUGAAAAUUCCACUAAGCUAUUCAUUCCUAAUGAUUGCAGAGCUGGAUGAUGCAAUCAUAGUGAAACUUGCACAGUGGUCGAUUAAAUUAUAUUGCCUAUGGAUCAUGAUUCUAUGGGAAUUGAAAGAUGGCGAAGAUUUAAACAAUAAUUUCAGAGAAUAUAACGAUUUGGAAACUCAGCAUCCUUACAAUCAAAUGAAUACAAACAGCAAUGAUGAUGAUGAUGAAUACGACCAUUGCGAAACAAGGCGACAACCCUUGAAGUUUAGAGAUUUUAUUUUAGUGCUCACAUGUAUCGGAAUAAUUCAUAUAGAUGUAUACUACUUAAAUCAUUAUAAAUAG